AUGAAGUUUGCGAAAGAACUAGAGCGCGAUCUCGUGCCGGAGUGGCGGCUCAAGUACUUGGACUACAAGGUUGGCAAAAAGAAGCUCAAAGGCAUCAGUCGAGCCCUCCGCACCGUAGAAGCGACCCCACGACUUCGACGACGCGGCAUCAAUGUCCUCCCCUCGCCCUUGGAUGCAGCCCCAAAAUACACGUACCUCAAUCGCGACCAUGCGCGACAAGGCGAGACGGGCAAUACAAGAGAUCCCGAAGACUUGAGGGCCCUCGCCAUAACGAACAGCCAGAGCCAGCAUAGCUUGCAACAGAGAGCGCAUGGCGACGGAACUGGACGCACACCAGAAGAAGAGCCAUUGACACAGAGCGGGAGCGAGCAACGAGACUGGGGCAAUAACUACGGCAGCUUUGGUGGAAACCUACCCGAUGGCGCGCAGAGCAAGUCUACAGCCAAGGCCAAGGCACCGCCUUCUCUGAAGCUCCCUGGCGCAGCUCUAGAUCCUGAGGAUGUCUCCCCCCAAGUUGGUGGUGCGUCAGGCGCAUCGAUGCGGAGACAGAAGAUAGUGACGCUUCCUCCCCCCGCGGAAAAUAGCAAUGAAAAUGCCUUCGAGGUCGGAAAGACGGUGUCGCCCAGCAAGCAUCACAGUUCGUUGCCAAACAGAUACAAGAGCGUCUUCAGCCCCAAGCGCAUGAACUCUCUGCCAGGACCCAUCACCCAACACAAGUCGCGUCCAUCAGUGCGCCGAAUAUUUUCGCUAAGCAACAAGACGCCUCCAGACAGCCCAGGCGAUGUCCCACUCGAAGCCUAUCGCGAUCUGGAUUUCCGGCAAGCCGAGUUCUUCAACUUCCUCGAUGGCGAAUUGGAUAAGAUCGAGGCCUUCUACAAGCAGAAAGAAGACGAGGCUACCAAGCGUCUAUCCGUGCUCCGCGACCAACUCCACAUUAUGCGAGAUCGACGUAUCGACGAUGUGAUCAAGCGUCAAACAGAUAAGAUCAACGCCAAGUCCCGCAAGAAGCAUGACGCAAAGUACGCCCUGAGCAACGGUCAGAACAGCAGCUCAGGUGAGGAGAAUCAGCAGACCAACAAGACAAAUGGAGGCACCCUCAAGGACACUUUCUUGAACCCCAUAGACGCUGCGUUGGACGCCAUCAAUGCAGGCAAGUAUGGGAAGAGCACCAAGAACAUAACACAAUUUGCGACACCAGCAGCACUUCAGCCCAAGGACCAUCUUGAUAGUCGUCGCGACUUUGCGAGACGCCCCGAGCUGCCUGAUGUACCUUACCAAACAGCAAAACGGAAGCUCAAAGUGGCACUACAAGAGUACUACCGAGGAUUAGAGCUUCUCAAAUCCUACGCGUUGUUGAACCGAACUGCCUUCCGAAAAAUCAACAAGAAGUACGAUAAGACUGUCAAUGCGCGACCAUCAUCGCGUUACAUGAACGAGAAGGUGAACCAGGCCUGGUUCGUGAACAGCGAUGUCAUCGAAGGUCACAUCAGAGCGACCGAGGACCUAUACGCAAGAUAUUUUGAGAAGGGCAAUCAUAAAGUCGCCAUUGGAAAGUUGCGUAUCAAGAUCGCACGAGCAGGCGAUUACACAGACAACACGUUCCGGAAUGGCCUGCUAUUGUCAGCAGGUACCAUACUUGGCAUCCAGAGCCUCAUCAAAGCAAGUCAAAUAACUGACCUGCAUGAUCCGGACGGGAGCGUGCUUGCGAUGAACACAAGCUAUCUACUACAGAUUUACGCUGGAUACUUCCUAAUCAACUUUCUUCUUCUCUUGUUUUGCUUGGCGUGUCGGGUCUGGCACGAGUAUAAAAUCAACUACGUUUUCAUUUUCGAAUAUGAUACCCGCCACCACUUGGACUGGAGGCAACUCGCAGAGCUUCCCUGUUGGACUUUAUUCAUGCUUGGACUGUGUAUGCAAAUCAACUUCCAUCAGGUCGGAGGAGACAACCUUUAUCUCUACUAUCCAGUCAUCCUUAUCGGUAUAUCGGUCUUGCUUUUGUUCAAUCCUUUGAGGAUCUUCUACUUCCGCACUCGCAUGUGGUUGUUGUACUCACUAUGGCGCCUGUUGCUCGCCGGCAUAUACCCCGUCGAAUGGCGAGACUUCUAUCUAGGUGAUAUGUUCUGUUCUCUAACCUACAGUAUGAGUGGUAUCGCAUUGUUUUUCUGUCUCUACGCGCAUGACUGGAACAACCCUCCCCAGUGUAACUCAUCUCACUUGCGUGUCACCGGCUUUCUCAGUACGUUGCCAGGUAUAUGGCGAUUGAUGCAAUGUCUACGCCGCUACAAAGACACUGGAAACAAGUUUCCUCAUCUGCUCAACGGCGGAAAGUACAUGGCAACCAUCCUGUUCUAUGCCUCCAUCAGCAUUUACCGCAUGGACCAGAAAACGUCCACCAAGGCGGUCUUCAUAAUGUUCGCGACUAUCAACGGCAUCUACACGAGCUUCUGGGACAUCUACUACGACUGGAGUCUCGGUGAUCCGCAUGCCAAGCACCCAUUCUUGAGGAAGGAGCUUGGAUAUAAGAAGGUGUGGUGGUACUAUACUGCCAUGUGCAUUGAUCCAAUCCUGCGGUUCAACUGGGUAAUGUAUACUGUUACACCCCUCCAGCUACAACAUUCAGCUGUCACCUCUUUCUGUGUCUCCCUCAGCGAGAUCUUCAGGAGAGGCAUGUGGUCCGUCUUUCGUGUCGAGAACGAGCACUGUACAAAUGUUGGUCGAUUUCGCGCAAGCAGGGAUGUCCCACUGCCGUACUACGUACCCAUGGACGCUGAGGUGGAGGAAGAUCAUACUUCUGGAAUCCCUCGCGCGCCUACACAAAUCGAUGAGGAACAACCUGACGAACACCGUCCACGGACACCAACAGAGGAACAGGCUCGUCGUCCAGCUACAGCGACAGGAUCAGAACUCGGACACUCUCAAUUGUCCGCUCGCAAGCGCCGCGGUCCCCAAGACGAGUUCCGACCUUCACCCCUACAGCGUGCAUUCACACAUGUCGGUGAUAUCUUCCGCGACGCGCACGCUCAGGACUUUGAGCGCAAGUUGAAACCUGAACUUGGUCGUGAUCCUCGUGAUGCGAACAAAAUGGAAGAAGACGACACAGAUGACGAAUCAGAUAAUGACGAGGAGCAAGAAGAGGUUCCAGAUAGAGACGACAAUGAUAGCGCGGAUAGCAGGAAUAGUGAUGCAGAACUUGAGGUCGGUAACGAGGUCGAAGACGACGAGGAACAGAGUGCACUGUCACGGAUACGCGAAGACUUUGCAGUCGGCGUGAGCGGUGCGAGAAGCGACUGUACACAUCAAGAGUAG